UCGAUUUUUAUAUGCGCGCUCUAAAUUCAAAAAUUAAUUCCGUUUCUAAAUUUUAUUUUUAUUUUUAUUCGACUGACAAUCAUUGUCAAUCAUUCGCGGUAAGUGAAAAUAUUAUUCUAUUUGUACAACAUUUUCGAAAUUCAAAUCAUCACUAAAUCUUUGGAUGGAAAACAAUCAAGAAAAAGAUUCAAAUUCAUAUAAUAUAAAUAAUUAUGACAUAAAAUUUAACAUUUGCAAUGGAAAACGUUGGCCAUAAUAAACUUUAUUACCAUUAUUGACGAUCAUAUGAUUUAGUCUGCAUAAUACAUUUGCCAUUAACCAAAUUAGAUUUCUCGCAUAGAUCUUAUCAUCAUCAUCAAUGAAUCGUUAUUCUUAUUGAAAUGAAUGACUAUUGUUUCCUGGUUGUAUUCUCUAUAUAUGAUAAUUAUUGUAAUGCUAUUUAUAAUAUUCGAUUAUGGAUGUUCAUUGUGAACAAUCAUCAUCAUCAUAACAAUGGGAUUUGUCAUUUGGUUUGUUCCCAAUCAUCAUCAUCAUUAUUAACAUAUUAAAUUGGCAAUCGAAAAGUGAAACGCUUUCAUCGAUUAUCAAAAUCAACUCGAAUAAGCUGAAUUGAUAAUCAAAAAAAUGAUGGGCACAAUAUAAUCUUUUGAAAUCAUCGCCAUUAAUCAUAAUUGACCAAUAGCAAGAAAAAAAAGCAGAAAAAAAAUCAAUUUUAUCCGAUGUCAUUAUCAAGUAUCAUCAGUGAAUUCAUUUCACCAUCUUCAUCACUCUCACCAUCGUCAUCAUCAUUAUCAAUAUUAAUAUUAUCAUCAUCAUCGUUGUUAUUUUUGAAAAAUCGAAUAAUAACGACGAAUGGGUGAUCCACAACAACAGCCAUCAACUUCGGGUAUAAAGAUUGAUCCAACAACAACAACAACAACAACAGCCGAAUCAAGUGAUACUACUAAUGUAAUGGCAUCAAAUACUGCUAUAGAUGCACGUCAUGUGGUAGGUGUAGAUGAAUUUCUCAAUACUGGUCGUACUGGUAGACGGAAUGCUUUAGGCGAUAUAUUGGAUGAAAAUUCUGCAUAUCUAACAACGGCUGAAUUACCCGAUCAACUUUCAUCAUUGUCAUUUGAAUCCGAUCAAUCGUGUUCAUUACAAUCAACGCCUUCAACAUCCAAUUGUCAUCCAUCAUCAUCAUCAUCAUCAUCUUGAAGAAGAA